AUGCCGUCCAUCAGAAGCUUCACAUUGUACUGCCUGAGCGUUGCCACGCAUCUUACAUCAGCGUGGCCAACCCAGCAUCCCGAACACGUCCAGAUACUCACCCGAGCGGAGCAGCUCGCCACCGAAUACGACUAUGUCAUUGUCGGCGGUGGCACGUCUGGCCUGACAGUCGGCGAUCGACUCACAGAGGACGGCAAAUUCGAAUAUGGCUACUACGAUAGCCAAACCGGCAUGAACCCACGCCGUAUGUUCAACAUCACGUCCAAGCCGUGUCCCAAUCUCAACGGUCGAAGCUUCGAUGUGGGUAUUGGAUGCGUCGUCGGUGGAAGCUCUUCCGUCAACGGCCAGGUAUUCCUGAGAGGAACCAAAGAUGAGUACAAUGCCUGGAAAGAGCUUGGUGGACCCGGAUCUACCUGGGACUGGGACAAUCUGCUGCCAUACUUCAAGAAGGGCAUCACCCUCGUGCCUCCUGACGUAGCUCAAGCUCAGGAGUACAACAUCACCUACGAUACCAAGUACUGGGGCACAACUUCCAAGAUCUAUGCUGCCUUUGGCAAGGGCCCUCUUCAGUCUUUCAAAGAGAUCCUCUACAACGCAAUGGCAAAGAUGCCCGGCAUGACCAUCCCCGUCGAUAGCGGCGCGGGCGAGGCCGGCCUCUAUUGGUACCCAAUGUCCCAAGACCCUGUCCAGUUCCAGCGAUCCUACGCCCGCACCGGCCACUGGGACGGCCUCAACCGCGCAAACUACGAGAUGAUCGUCGGUGCCAAGGUCAACCGCAUUCUCUUUGACGGUGACACAGCUACAGGAGUGCAAUUCGUCUCUCGUAAUAACACGGGAGCCGCUCCUGUACAGAUCAAAGCCCGUCGCGAAGUCAUCCUGGCCGCGGGAUCCGUACACACGCCGCAGGUACUCAUGCUCAGCGGCAUCGGGCCACGCACACACCUCGAGGAGGCGCGCAUCGCUGUCAAGGUCGACUUGCCCGGCGUCGGAUCAAACUUCCAGGAUCACAGCUAUAUCCCAAGCAUAUCCUAUCAAUGGGGCAUCCAGCCACCCAACUCAGGCGGCGGUGGCUGGAGCGGCGGCGGUCCGCCCUCCCUCGCCUCCAUGAUCGGCCUGCCCGUCGUCAGCCCCGAUAGAUUUGAGGCCUUGGCCAAGGCAUUUGAAGCUCAAGACCCCAAGUCCCACCUGCCCUCGACCUACACAGCCGAGCAAACAGAGGGCUACAAGCAACAGCAGAAAGUCUGGGGCAGGCUCAUGCGUUCCAAGAACGUCGUCUUCUCCGAGAUGAUGAUGUACGGCCCCGGUGGCUCCGUGCAGAACCUGCACUGCAUGUCCCGCGGCAACAUCCUCCUCAACACGGCGCAGCCCGAGAGCGAAAUGGUCGUCGACUACCGCGCUGCGUCGAACGCCAUUGACUUGGACGUUAUGGCGGAGAUUAUCAAGUUUAUGCGGCGGUACAUGACUACCGGCGACCUCGCGCAGUAUCAGGCGCGCGAGACGUCGCCUGGCACGGGCGUGUCGUCCGAUGCGCAGCUUGUGACCUGGGCCAAGGGGCAGAUUAUCCCGUCCGUGUAUCAUCCUGUCGGUACCACUGCCAAGAUGCCGCGCGAGUGGGGCGGAGUGCUGGAUGAGAAUCUGCUGGUGUAUGGCGUGAAGAAGUUGAGAGUUGUUGAUGCUUCGAUGAUGCCUACGACUGUUGGUGCGACCACGUCCAUGACUGUUUACGCUGUUGCUGAAAAGGUAUGUUCUGAUGAUUCAGGGUUCAUGGAGUACUGCUAA